AUAAAAGUAAAACAUCAUCAUCACCACCAUCAUCAUAAUCAUAUUAAAGAAGUUAUAAAAACUGUACCUAAACCGUAUGCCGUAGAAAAAAUUGUGCAUAUUCCGAUAGAGAAAAUAGUGGAAAAAAUUGUUCAAGUUCCGAAAAUUGUAAAUGUGACUGUUGAAAAAAUAAUACAUGUUCCUGUUGAAAAGGUUAUUGAAAAGAUUGUUCGAGUUCCAAAACCCGUUCAUAUUCCAAAACCUUACGUAGUUGAGAAAAUUAUGGAAAAAAUUGUGCAUGUGCCCAAACCGUAUCCAGUACUAAAAACAGUUCCCUAUCCAGUUGAAAUUAAAGUGCCUGUAACUGUUGAAAAGAAAAUUCCGGUACCAUAUACUAUAGAGGUUGAACGUAAGGUACCAGUAUAUAUUAAAUCCCAGGAACCAUAUAAAUAUGAACAAGCACAUUAUAAACAUUUUGAUCAGAAUAUUACACCAAAGUAUAAUACACAUUAUGAAGAAACGUCUAACGAUCCUGUUCAUUUAUCCGAAAGUUAUAAUUAUAACCAUAAACUCAGCCCUUCCAAGGAAAUGGAAUUCCCGAGGAAACCUCAAUAUCAUACUUAUAAUGAAGCAAAAGAUCAACACCAUGCGAAUCCGGAUGGACUAAUCGAACAAUCAACAGCCGAAAGUUCAUUCCUUCCGAUCAAAUUCCAUGAAUCGAAGACUCCAUAUAAUCUGCUUGUGGCCUAUAAUGAGACAUCAUUUGAACUAACUCCACAAACAUUUGCCAAUAAAUUACAAGAAAUACCAUUUUCAUUUCCUAUUGAAUUUCUUCAGGUGCAGCCAAUGCCUUUUCAAAAUGCUGCCCGAUUGGAAUCGUCUAUAUCACAGCCGUCAUUUAAAAAUACUUGA